GGAAACUAUUAUUCCCGCCACCCGUUCGACAAAAUUCCUCAACGGAGAUGCUUUUGCAGUUGAAAUCAAAAUUGUACAGUCCUCUACUCCUGGUCAUCCGCGGACCACCAUGCCAGCAUCUCGAAUUCUCGUUCUACUCCACGAUUCCAUCUGCUUCUCCUCUUUCACCCGAUUUGCAAGAGAUAUGCCACAUUGUGUCGAGCGGUAUCGGUGGUCUAGAUGAGUUAGAAUCAAGUCUUGAUCGGCCCACGAUUUCAAUCACUCCGACCCUUGUAGCUCAGGUUAUAGAUACCUGCAAAGAUGAAGCGCCCAGCAGAAGGCUACUCAGAUUCUUCACUUGGUCUCGCAAAAACUUAAACUGCAAAUUGGUGGACGAGGCGUUCAAUCAUGCAAUCCGGGUAUUUGCUGAAAAGAAAGACGUCACUGCCAUGGAUAUAUUAAUUUCAGAUCUAAGAAAGGAGCAACGGGAGAUGGAGGCCGAAACUUUUAGUCUUGUCGCCGAGACGUUGGUGAAACUGGGGAGAGAAGAUGAAGCUGUAGGGCUCUUUAAGAACUUGGAGAAGUUCAAGUGCACGAGAGAUGGAUUUACUGUUAAUAGCAUUGUUCAUGCCCUUUGCGCCAGAGGGCAUGCUAGGAAAGCUGAAGGGGUUGUUUGGCACCAUAAGAGUAAGAUAUCUGGUGUAGAGCCUUGCAUUUACAAGAGUCUUAUUCAUGGAUGGUGUGUCCAUGGAAACGUUAGGGAAGCACGCAGGAUUCUCGGUGAAAUGAAGUCUUUUGGGGUUACGCCGGACUUGUUCUGCUAUAACACUCUCCUCAGGUGCCUUUGCAAGAGGAACCUCAAAUUCAAUCCAUCGGCACUUGUUCCUGAAGCUACCAAUUUGAUGAUCGAGAUGAGAUCUAAUGGGGUGCUGCCUAAUGUAAUUAGCUUCAACAUCUUGCUCUCUUGUUUGGGUAGGACAAGAAGAGUGAAGGAAGCGUGUCGAGUCCUCUACUCCAUGAAGAAAUCAGGUUGUCAUCCCGAUUGGGUCAGCUACUAUCUUGUUGUGAGAGUUCUGUAUUUGACAGGGAGAUUUGGAAAGGGGAAUCAGAUCGUGGAUGAGAUGAUCGAAAAAGGGUUAAUCACAGAACCAAGGUUUUACUAUGAUUUGAUUGGGGUUCUCUGUGGAGUUGAGAGGGUGAACCAUGCUCUUGAUCUUCUUGAGCGGAUGAAGAAAAGCUUUGUUGGAGAUUGUGGGCCAGUAUAUGAUCUCCUGAUAACCAAACUUUGUAGGGGAGGAGAGUUUGAAAGGGGCUUGCAGCUCUGGGACGAAGCAGUGAAUAUGGGCAUCAUCCUUCAGUGCUCAAGUGACGUGUUGGAUCCAUCUAUCACCGAGGUGUUUAAGAAGACAAAGAGAAGAGAGGUAGGAAACCUGAAUGACAUGAAGAAACUGCCAACAGAGACAAAGAUAAAGCAAAAAAUGGGGAAGAAAAAAGACAAUACUAGUAGGAAUAAGGAUAAGAAGAAGAAUAACACUUCUGUCAAUUGAUUCAUACUUCAUGUCCCCUACAUUUUGAGUUCUUGUACAGCAUACUAGUUGAUCAGUCCCAGUAUACUAUUAGAACCCUUGGGCUUCAGGCCAUUUAUAAACAAUGGAAGAUUUCUGUGCCUCAUUCUGUUCUAUUGCUUGGAUUAGAGCGUCAGACAGAUCUGUUCAUUCUGAACAAUCAUUUGAUUCUUUUUUCUUCACAACGAAAAAUAAUUACCGAAGAAAAGAGCUUCUUUACCUGGGCCCAGAGAGAAGCACCUUGAAAUGAUCCAUGAGCCACCAAAGCUCUUGUUGCUAUAAAGACAUCA